AAACGGCGGCCGACCACGGCCAGCCCAGCUGCAUCCUCGCUCCAAGCGGCCGGGAAACCACGGAGGGCUAGAAGCAACUUGCCAGCGAAAAAGCAAGCAGGCUGAUCGUGACACUUCCACCCGCCGGCGGGGGAAUCGUUCGAUGGCGUCGCGGCAGUCGCUGCUCCCGAGCUUCCUCUACGCGGCGUCCAGCGGCGCCGCCAUGCCGGACGGGAGGGGCGCGCCCGUCGUCGCCAGGGCGCCGAGCGAGCCGCCGUUCGGGAAGAUCGACAUGUUCUCGCCGGCGUACUACGCGGCCUGCGGCUUCGGCGGCGCCGCCGCGUGCGGGCUCACGCACGCCGCCGUGACGCCGCUCGAUGUCAUCAAGUGCAACAUCCAGAUCGACCCGGCCAAGUACAAGAGCAUCUCCUCGUCGUUCAGCAUCGUGCUCAAGGAGCAGGGCGUCCGAGGCUUCUUCCGGGGCUGGGCGCCCACGUUCCUGGGGUACAGCGCGCAGGGCGCGUUCAAGUACGGCCUGUACGAGGUGUUCAAGAAGGAGUACACCGACAUGGCCGGCCCGGAGUACGCCGCCAAGUACAAGACCCUCAUCUACCUCGCCGGCUCGGCCACCGCCGAGGUCGUCGCCGACGUCGCGCUCUGCCCCAUGGAGGCCGUCAAGGUGCGGGUGCAGACGCAGCCCGGCUACGCCAGGGGCCUGCGCGACGGAUUCCCCAAGAUCGUCAGGGCCGAAGGCUAUGCAGGGCUGUUCAGAGGAAUGGUUCCUCUUUGGGGGCGACAGAUUCCUUACACCAUGAUGAAGUUCGCAACCUACGAGAACAUCGUGGAGAUGGCGUACAGGCACCUCAUCCCCACCCCCAAGGAGCAGUGCAGCAAGCCUCUGCAGCUCGGGGUGAGCUUCGGGAGCGGCUACAUCGCCGGAGUCUUCUGCGCCGCCAUCUCGCACCCCGCCGACAACCUGGUCUCCUUCCUCAACAAUGCCAAGGGCGCCACCGUCGGAGACGCUGUCAAGAACCUCGGCCUCUGGGGACUCUUCACGCGGGGCCUUCCGCUCCGCAUCGUCAUGAUCGGCACACUGACCGGCACCCAGUGGGUGAUCUAUGAUUCCUUCAAAGUCAUGGCUGGACUGCCAACAACCGGUGGGGCUCCUGCUGCUGCCCCAAGGGAAGAAGCCUAAGCAGUGAAAGCCUUUCCGAAAUUCCAAGAGAAAAAAAAUAUGUUUUUAUUGUUGACAUCGCAUGAUCUGUAAUAGAUUGAUGAUUGUAACAGUUUUCCUCAGCACUGUGCCACCAUUUACCGAUUGAUGAAAUUUAUCAUUAGGUUGGUUAUUAAA